UAGCCUAGGCUAGCCUACUUAGGCUGUUUGUAGAUAAAAUUUUAAUAUAGACUACAAAUAUUUCAUAACCGAACGAGGCAGCAACGUUAAUUGGGCUGGUGACAUGUGACGCAAUGUUGUGUGUUGCGAAGAGGGGGAGACACAAAAAUUGCACCUUCAUUAUGCGCGUGCCCCGGUCAUCCUCGGUUGAUAUAGGAUGUGUGCUGAGCAGUCAGUGAAGCUACACUGUGUCGACUGCAUUUAUUUCUUAUAUUAAAACGUUUACUUAAACCUUUGUUACUUACAAAGUAAACUUAUCACGUAGAGUAGGGAGCUUCAACUUUGAGAUUCUGCAUCGACCAGUCGCACAUUCAGUGGACAACUGUUUCAGGCUUUCAGUCGGGCUGGUAGCCGGAAAUAACCCCAAAAAGAAGCAGUUGAUGUUCAUAAGAAGAACACAAAAGAAGAGGGGUGAGGAGGAGAAGCUUAAGAGCUAAGAAGAAGGAAGGGGUCUAUGCUGGAAGAUCUGAUAGCCUCACCAAUGUUCUCUGUGGACCAGGACAUCUCAAGCUACACCAUGCCUAGCAAGCCACCUAUCAAGUAUGGGGAGCUCAUUAUUUUAGGGUACAAUGGCUCCCUUCCAAACGGUGACCGAGGCCGACGGAAGAGUCGCUUCUCUCUCUUUAAGAGGCCCAGAGCCAAUGGGGUGAAGCCCAGCACAGUUCACUCUGUCUGUUCGCCACAGGCUGCCAAGGCCAUCAGUAAUAAGGACCAGCACAGCAUCUCCUACACGCUGUCGCGCGCUCAGACGGUGGUGGUGGAGUACACUCAUGACAGCACCACGGACAUGUUCCAGAUUGGCCGCUCCACCGAGAGCCCCAUUGACUUUGUGGUGACGGACACGGUACCGGGCAGACUCAGCCACGGCUACAGCGACAGCACAGCGCUGUCGUCACAGAGCACCAUCUCACGCUUCGCCUGCCGGAUCAUCUGUCAGCGCCACCCGCCAUACACCGCCCGCAUCUACGCAGCCGGAUUCGACUCCUCCAAGAACAUCUUCCUGGGGGAGAAGGCGGCCAAGUGGAAGACCCCCGACGGCCGGAUGGACGGACUGACCACCAAUGGCGUUCUGGUGAUGCACCCCCGCCACGGCUUCACUCAGGACUCCCGCCCCAGCGCCUGGAGAGAGAUCUCCGUCUGCGGCAACGUCUUCAGCCUCCGCGAGACCCGCUCCGCACAGCAGCGUGGCAAGAUGGUGGAGAAGGAGAGCCACGAGCUGCGCGACGGCUCGCUGAUCGACCUGUGCGGCGCCACCCUGCUGUGGCGCACGGCCGAGGGCCUGGCCCAGACGCCCAGCGUCCAGCACCUGGAGGAGCUGCGGCGGGAGCUGAACGCGGCGCGGCCCCAGUGCCCCGUGGGCCUCAACACGCUGGCCUUCCCCAGCCUGCGCUGCCGCCAGCUGCUGGACGCCAAGCAGCCCUGGGUCUACCUCCGGUGCGGCCACGUGCACGGCUACCACGGCUGGGCGGGCCGCUCCCGGCGCUCGCAGGAGGAGGAGGACGAGGAGGACGAGGAGGAGAACCAGCAGCCGGGGCAGAACGAGCAGGACCCGGGCUCCAGGGAGCGCCAGUGCCCCCUGUGCCGCGCCCGCGGGCCCUACGUGCCCCUCUGGCUGGGGUGCGAGUCGGCCUUCUACCUGGACGCGGCGCCCCCCACCCACGCCUUUGUGCCCUGCGGCCACGUGUGCUCGGAGAAGACGGCGGCGUUCUGGAGUCAGAUCCCGCUGCCACACGGAACGCACACCUUCCACGCCGCCUGCCCCUUCUGCGUGCGGCCCCUGCGCCGGGAGAGGCGAUACAUCAGACUCAUCUUUCAGGGACCGCUGGACUAAAGUGGACAGAGGGGACAUCCCCUCAUAUGCUGAUAUUGGUGUAAUAUACAUUAUGCAGCCUUUUAUACGUCAGAGUGAUGGACAGUAGACUCUGAACAUGCCUUGUUUCACACGACCGUUUGAGACUGUAAGCAAUCUGUUAUGUGUAAACUCAAAAAGACUGUUUUCAGUGUUGUUAGAGAAUCCUAGAAAUAUGGCAAGAUGUUGUUUUGGCAGUUGAUGCACUGACGCAAAUGAAACAUGCCGUAUCAGGCAGGUGUGGCCUGUUUGAUGAUUAAAUUAUCAAAUUAAAAUACUUAAUGUA